AAAUCCUCAACAUUAACAUUAAACCUGACUUCUCUAAAAUUUGAGAACAAUAAAUUUUCUAAAGAAAUCAAAAAAUCAUUGAUGAAAGUUCUUAGGACAAAUAGAUAUUUAACCUCUUUAGAUAUUACUUUUGACAUGUCUAUUGCUGAUGAA